UCUAGGGUUUUAGGGCUAUGUCUCCAAUGGCGACCGAGGUGGGGGCUUUGGCGAGGAUUCUUAGCGGGUACAAGAAAGAGGAUAGGGAGGAGAAGGGGGGAGAGGGAGAGGGGUCUCGUCACCCUCAACCUCCUUGGCGGCGGUCCGAUCGGAGUCGGAUCCGGGGAUUUGGAUCUCGACUUCCGGGUUUCGCCCCCUGGCUUCGAGAACCGCCGCGAUCUACUGAAGCCCAGCCCCGCUCCGGCACGCCGCAAGCUCCAGGACCUCAACCUCCCGCCGGCUCCCGGCGACGGCGGCGACGCCCCUCCGCUGGAAGACUCCGCCUCCCCGGACCUCGACAUCUUGACUCCCCCCGCCUCGAGCUACCCCAGCAUCUGCACCGUCGAGAGCGUGAAGUCCGCCCUUGAGCGGGCGGAGGGCGAAUCUCGAGACAAGGCUCGUCGGGAGGGAAGAAUGGACGGCUCUCCUUCGUCCUCGUCGUCGUCGGCGGCCACGAACUCAUCGAUGAAGCGGAGCGUUGGCGAGGAAAGAGAAGGAGGGGAUGAGGGACUGGACGGCUCUGAUUCGUCCGGUGGGUCUCUGAUGGCCGCGGGUUGCCCCAACUGCCUCCUCUACGUGCUGGUGGCCAAGCGGGACCCACGCUGCCCACGGUGUGGCUCGCACGUGCCGGCCCCCGCAUUUUACAAAAGGCCUAGGGUCCAUUUUUAGUUCAAUCAGUGGCCAACUUCAGAUUCAAGAACUACAUAAACUUGUCAUCCAGAGGACAAAAAGGGAGACAUGAGAUAAUAGUUUUUGCUUUUCUUUCCUUUUUUGCAAAAAAGAAAAGGAGUGUAGAUGACUAUUUUUGUUUCGUUAUUUUUGAUAUUUAUUUUAUUUGUACCGUGGAUUGUAAAUAAAUAAAAUUUUUGU